UCACAUUUAGCCACAUUGCGCUAGAGACGAGGCGUGGUUUCUCUUCACGGAAACUUUGUAAGGCGAUUUAAUCUAAAAUACAGCUCGUGUUAUUCUGGAAAUCGGUUUCCAAUACCCUCAUGGAUAUGGCUCUUGAUCCUCAUCUCACGUGGGCUCAUCAAGCCGGACAUCACAAUGCUGCAGCAGAACUAUGGAGAAAAUGUCUGUCGGACGUAGAGCGACUGGUGGAGUGUGUGUCUAAAUCAACGCCUCCCGUGGAUGCCGCGACUCCCCCUUGCAACCAGCGCCACCCUGAAAACUGUCAGUUACCUCAAUCAGCUGGGGAGGGGUUUCUCCGCUCACUCCCACGCGACCCGUUCCUCGGCCUCACAAUCCAUGGCUACAUGUUCCGUGAGGUCAUCCGCUCUGGUGCUAACGCCACUGUGUACAAUGUGUUCAAGGACGGGAAAGUAUUUGCAGCCAAAGUGUCGCACCCAAGAAACAGAGACCCGAUGGAAGUGUCCAAAGCAUGGACCACUGAGUUUAACAUCAUUGGUCAGGUCCAACACAAGAACAUUAUCAAAGCCUAUGAACUAUUUGAACACAAGGGCCGCCAAGUCAUGAUACUGGAGUAUGUCGGCGGAUCGAACCUGGCCGAGUUCAUUGCCAGGAAGUGCCAGGCUCGCAGACAAGGUGCGAUGAAGAAAGUCAUGAAACAAGUUGUCACGUGUCUUGAACAUCUUCACAGCCAUGACGUAGUCCAUGGGGACAUAACGCCAGCCCAUAUACUCAUUGGACAGGGUGGAAAGGUCAAAGUUAUCGACUUUGGCGAUGCGAUCAGGCUUGGUACCGGAAGCUACAAUCCACAGUGCAAGACAAGGGAUGUUGAAGACAAGAUAAUGAAGUCCUUUGACAUGUGGAUGUUUGGUGCGUCAUUGUAUGAGAGUCUGACGGGAAAACCACCUCAGUUCAUCGCCCAAGACCACAAUCAGCUGGACGUAUCUGGUCUUGACAUUCCUGACCGAAAGCUUGUGUCACUUUUGAAGAAGUGUCUUGACUUAAAUCCUUUAGAUAGAAUUACAGCCAAACUUGCUCUAAAGAACGACUAUUUUAAACGAUUUUAUCCUCAUCUCACGUGGGCUCAUCAAGCCGGACAUCACAAUGCUGCAGCAGAACUAUGGAGAAAAUGUCUGUCGGACGUAGAGCGACUGGUGGAGUGUGUGUCUAAAUCAACGCCUCCCGUGGAUGCCGCGACUCCCCCUUGCAACCAGCGCCACCCUGAAAACUGUCAGUUACCUCAAUCAGCUGGGGAGGGGUUUCUCCGCUCACUCCCACGCGACCCGUUCCUCGGCCUCACAAUCCAUGGCUACAUGUUCCGUGAGGUCAUCCGCUCUGGUGCUAACGCCACUGUGUACAAUGUGUUCAAAGACGGACAAGUAUUUGCAGCCAAAGUGUCGCACCCAAGAAACAGAGACCCGAUGGGAGUGUCCAAAGCAUGGACCACUGAGUUUAACAUCAUUGGUCAGGUCCAACACAAGAACAUUAUCAAAGCCUAUGAACUAUUUGAACACAAGGGCCGCCAAGUCAUGAUACUGGAGUAUGUCGGCGGAUCGAACCUGGCCGAGUUCAUUGCCAGGAAGUGCCAGGCUCGCAGACAAGGUGCGAUGAAGAAAGUCAUGAAACAAGUUGUCACGUGUCUUGAACAUCUUCACAGCCAUGACGUAGUCCAUGGGGACAUAACGCCAGCCCAUAUACUCAUUGGACAGGGUGGAAAGGUCAAAGUUAUCGACUUUGGCGAUGCGAUCAGGCUUGGUACCGGAAGCUACAAUCCACAGUGCAAGACAAGGGAUGUUGAAGACAAGAUAAUGAAGUCCUUUGACAUGUGGAUGUUUGGUGCGUCAUUGUAUGAGAGUCUGACGGGAAAACCACCUCAGUUCAUCGCCCAAGACCACAAUCAGCUGGACGUAUCUGGUCUUGACAUUCCUGACCGAAAGCUUUUGUCACUUUUGAAGAAGUGUCUUGACUUAAAUCCUUUAGAUAGAAUUACAGCCAAACUUGCUCUAAAGAACGACUAUUUUAAACGAUUUUUCUAUUAA